AUGUCGUCGCCAACACCUUCAUCAGGGGGUCCUCGCUCGGAUGUCGGCCGCUGGGGUGGAAACCCCUGGCAGCCCCCCACCACCCCUUCUCCAGAGCCGGAACCAGAGCCAGACAGACGUUCUCGCCGCGGGGGCCGAUCCUUCUGGGCUCGCUGCUGCGGCUGCUGCUCUUGCAGGAACGCAGAAGACGAUGACUGGGGGCCUGAGCGCCGUGGAGACCGGGGAGGUCGAGGGUCUGGCUCCAGGAAUCGAAGACCCGACUCCCGGGGCUCCGACUCCCGCCGGCCUGGCUCCCGGGGCAGCGCUGUGAACGCAGCUGGAGAUGGCACCAUCCAGGAGGGAAUGCUGGUGGUCACUGGCGUGGAUCUGCUGAGUUCACGCUCAGACCAGAACCGCCGAGAGCACCACACAGACGAGUUCGAGUACGAUGAGCUGAUUCUCCGCCGUGGGCAGCCUUUCCAUAUGGUCCUCUUCCUGUCUCGUCCCUAUGAGUCCUCCGAUCAUGUCACCCUGGAGCUGUGCAUCGGAAACAAUCCCGAGGUGGGCAAGGGCACCCACGUGAUCAUCCCGGUGGGCAAGGGGGGCAGUGGAGGCUGGAAGGCCCAGGUGACCAAGUCCAGUGGGCAGAAUCUGAACCUGCGGGUCCACACCUCCCCCAACGCCAUCAUCGGCAAGUUUCAGUUCACCAUCCGCACACGCUGCAAAGCUGGAGAGUUCCAACUGCCCUUUGACCCCCGCAACGAGAUCUACAUCCUCUUCAAUCCCUGGUGCCCCGAGGACAUCGUGUAUGUGGACCAUGAGGACUGGCGGCAGGAGUAUGUGCUUAAUGAGUCUGGGCGAAUUUACUAUGGGACAGAAGCGCAGAUUGGCGAGCGGACCUGGAACUACGGCCAGUUUGACCACGGGGUGCUGGACGCCUGCCUGUACAUCCUGGACCGGCGGGGCAUGCCCUAUGGAGGCCGCAGGGACCCCGUCAGUGUCUCCCGGGUCAUCUCUGCCAUGGUGAACUCCUUGGAUGACAAUGGGGUCCUGAUUGGGAACUGGUCUGGAGAUUAUUCCCGCGGUACCAACCCAUCAGCAUGGGUGGGCAGCGUGGAGAUCCUUCUCAGCUACCUACGCACUGGCAACUCUGUCCCCUUCGGCCAGUGCUGGGUCUUCGCCGGUGUGACCACCACAGUGCUGCGCUGUCUGGGCCUGGCCACCCGUACUGUCACCAACUUCAACUCUGCGCACGACACGGACACUUCCCUCACCAUGGACAUCUACUUUGAUGAAAACAUGAAGCCCCUGGAGCACCUGAACCAUGAUUCUGUCUGGAACUUCCACGUGUGGAAUGACUGUUGGAUGAAGAGGCCAGAUCUGCCCUCAGGCUUUGAUGGGUGGCAGGUUGUGGACGCCACACCCCAGGAGACCAGCAGUGGCAUCUUCUGCUGUGGGCCCUGCUCUGUGCAGUCCAUCAAGAAUGGCUUGGUCUACAUGAAGUACGACACACCCUUCAUUUUUGCAGAGGUGAACAGUGACAAAGUUUACUGGCAGCGACAGGAUGACGGCAGCUUCAAGAUCGUGUAUGUGGAGGAGAAGGCCAUCGGCUCACUCAUCAUUACAAAGGCCAUCGGCUCCAACAUGCGGGAAGACAUCACGCACACCUAUAAGCACCCAGAAGGCUCAGAAGCAGAGCGGAAGGCAGUGGAGACCGCGGCCGCCCACGGCAGCAAACCCAACGUGUACGCCACGCGGGACUCGACGGAGGAUGUGGCCGUGCAGGUGGAGGCGCAGGACGCAGUGAUGGGGCAGGACCUGACGGUCUGCGUGGUGCUGACCAACCGUGGCAGCAGCCCCCGCACCGUGAAGCUGCACCUCUACCUCUCUGUCACCUUCUACACCGGCGUCACGGGAUCCGUCUUCAAGGAGAGCAAGAAGGAGGUGGCGCUGGCGCCGGGGGCCUCGGAGCGCGUGACCAUGCCCGUGGCCUACAAGGAAUACCGGGCCCAGCUCGUAGACCAGGGAGCCAUGCUGCUCAACGUCUCAGGCCACGUGAAGGAGAACGGGCAGGUGCUGGCCAAGCAGCACACCUUCCGUCUGCGUACCCCAGACCUCAGUCUCACGUUACUGGGAGCAGCUGUGGUUGGCCAGGAGUGCGAAGUACAGAUUGUCUUCAAGAACCCGCUGCCUGUCACCCUCACCAACGUCGUCUUCCGGCUCGAGGGCUCCGGGUUGCAGAGGCCCAAGAUCCUCAAUGUCGGGGACAUUGGGGGCAACGAGACAGUGACCCUGCGCCAGACGUUCGUGCCUGUGAGACCAGGUCCCCGCCAGCUCAUUGCCAGCUUGGAUAGCCCACAGCUCUCCCAGGUGCAUGGGGUCAUCCAGGUGGACGUAGCCCCAGCCGGCGGAGGUGGGGCCUUCUCAGACAUUAGAGGCAGCGGUCGCUCAGGGGAGACCAUCCCCAUGGCCUCUCGAGGUGGGGCUUAG